GAUCCGUCCGUUGACCCGACCGAUUCCGAAUUGAUAAGAAAGCUCUCGGAGCUGCGCUAGGGUUUUUCUUCUUGGGGUUACCGUCUGAAUCGCGUGCACAAAGCGAGGAGGAGGAGGAAGAGAUGUCGACCAUCAAGUCAGAAGACAAGGAUCUGAUAGGGAAGGCGAAGCGGUUCAUGGAGAACUACUACAGGACGUUCGACGCGAACCGGGCGGAUUUGGUCAAUCUGUUCCGGGAAGAGUCGGUGCUGGCCUUCGAAGACCAGCAUAUCAAGGGCAAGGAGGCUAUCCUCGCCAAACUUACCUCCAUUCCGGAGUGCCACCACGAAAUCGCCGACUUCAACUGCUUGCGCCACUGCACACCCGGCAGUAUGCUCGUCUUUGUCUGCGGCCAGACGUGGGUAGGCGGCACCAAGGACAAGGCGCACGCCGUCCUUACAAACCAGACGUUCCAUCUGAUGCCAACACCACAGGGAGGCUUUUACGUAGGAACACAAAUUUGGAGGCCCUUUGAUCUCAACAAGAUUUGGAUCUCGUCGGCAGCACCACCAAUGUCCGCCUCAGCACCGGCACCAGCAUCUGUCUCGGCACUGCCCAUGGCCACCUCGACAUCGCCAGCAUCUGUCUCGGCACUGCCCAUGUCUGCCAAGGCGGGAGAAUGAAUCAUCCUUAGGCUUCAGUCUGAUCAUUCUAGUCUCUGUUUUAUUUUCAAUGUAUGAAUGCAGUACUGUUUGAUUGCAAGUUGUGGUCGUGGUUAAAACGUAUUUCUAUCUAUGUGUGUGUAUAUAUAUAUAUAUAUGUAUGGAAUUCAACUUGAACUGGUCAUCAGUGCUGGUGGAAUUGUAAUUGAACUGGCUUAUCUUGUCCUCUUCUC